AUGAUCUUCUCGUUUUCGGAUCUCUCCCUCACCCUCCUCCUACUCACCUCUACCGGGUCUUCUUCACCCAUAUGGCCGAACGCUGCAGUUCCAGGCGACGCCCACCCAACGGUGGCGAGCAGCGUAUUUCACAAUCGCAACGCCGAACCAUAUGUUGUCCAACCUCGUUCUCCGGCGAGCACAUCGGUAGACCCCAACGACGUGACGGGUACGACGUGCGACGACCCGACCGUUUCCCUUGUCUCUCACGAUACCAAUGUGGCUGUACUCUCGAUAUGUGGUGGCAUAGCCGGGUCUAUACAGAAAUGCGAAGGCAACCUGCAACGACGGUGGGUGCUUCGGGCACGUCUAAAUUCACACUUACCCCCGUAA